UUGAUAUGAUCAAGAUGGCGGAGGCAGCAGUGCGUACCCGAUUGAAUAACCAUGAAACAAUUGUUAUUCUUUCCCGUGGCAUUACUACCAAUUAUCAUCUGAGCGCAAAUGUCAUCAAAGCAUGUAUUCACUGAGGAAAUGGUUGGUUUUGAUCCAGGUCGUGAAGAGAAGAAGAUAUCUUCAACCCAGUAUGGAGUGUGUGGUUCUGUGUCUGGGCUGGUAACUCGGCUGGUGGUUCAACCGUUCGAUGUCCUUAAAAUACGAUUUCAACUUCAGAUUGAACCUACAUCCAAGGCGGUCAGACAACAAGGGAUGCAUUGUGGAAGUAAGAAAAUAGCCACAGGUAAAUACUCAGGAAUAUGGCAAGCAUUCAAACUUAUUUAUAAAGAGGAGGGAUUUACUUCACUUUGGAAAGGGCAUGUUCCUGCUCAAGCUCUAUCAGUUGUUUAUGGAUAUUUUCAGUUCACUGCUUUUGAAGCCAUUACAGAGGUUAUGUGGAGAGUAAAUCCUAGAUGUACAGAUCAGAAAUGGAAACCAGUGACACAUUUUGUAUGUGGAGGGCUUGCUGGAUGUCUUUCAUCAACAGUAGCACAACCUUUAGAUGUUUUACGAACAAGGCUUGUGGCACAAGGAGAACCUAAAGUUUACAAGAAUCUUGUCCAAGCUGCUAGUAAGAUGUAUGCUAAGGAGGGGAUCAGAUCAUUCUAUAAAGGACUUGUUCCUACUCUAGUGCAGAUUUUCCCUCAUGCCGGGCUUCAAUUUGGCUUUUAUUCAUUUUUCAAGACCCUUUGGGAAAUCUCAUUUGGGGUUAAGAGACAAGAUCCUUACAAAGCUGCAGGGGUCAAUGAAAGUCUUGUUUGUGGAGCGUUAGCAGGAAUUUUUAGCAAAGGGACUAUUUAUCCUCUAGAUAUGGUGAAAAAGAGAUUACAGAUACAAGGAUUUCAAGAAGCAAGAGAGACAUUUGGAAGAGUUCAGAAAUAUAAUGGCAUGUUAGACUGCUUCAGGAUUAUUCUUAGGGAAGAAGGUGCUUUUGGUUUUUUCAAAGGACUGGCCCCAAGUACACUAAAGGCUGGUUUGUCUGUGGCACUCAUUUUCUGUACCUACGAACAAUGCAUUAUGCUUGUGAGAGAAUACUUGCAUGAUGACAAUACACUGGAAUCAACCAGAUGACACCAAUAGGGUGACCAAAUACUAGACUGAAUGCUCUCCUUCAAGGGAAAUAUGAAUCAACAAUAAGUAAUUCUACAGUUAAUUUUCUACAAAGCUGUUAUUACACAGGUGUUGAAACUCUUAUUUACUAUUUUGCAGAAUAUACAUUAAAUGAUAUCAACUUAAUAUGAUUAUUUUAUAUAUCAAAUUCAUUUUGAUUCAGUUUGUAUGCAUUUAAUAACUGGUUUCAUUUUACUAUUAAUAGCGCAUUAUGGAAUAUUUAACAAUGAAUGAAAAACUUAUAUAAUUUGCAUCAGGAUCAUAGGUGCUGUAGACAACCAAUCACAUAUUGGCUAAAACCAAGAAAGACGACAUUUCAAUUUAUCUGAAAAGGCCCAUUACUUAUUUAUGUUAUCAGAGAAUCACACCAACUAAAUUAUGGAGGAAAAAAAACAGCAUAAUUGGUGGUUUUCAUUUAAUUAUAAUAGAAUGUUAUUUUUGGUGAUAAAAAAGUUGCAAGAAUAUUUUACAAACUAUUGAUAUUAAAACUUAAGAAUGCUGUGGUUAUUCUUUCUGAUACAUAUGAAAAUAAUAUUUUCUUGCAAAUAGCAAGAUACUUGUAUUCAUUUUUUAAUAUAUGUAUAUUUUAAGUAAAGAACCUAAUCUUACCAA